UUCCUUCUCACCAAAACAAAGCUAAAGAGUGACACCUGCACAAGCGUCCCUCUUCUAGUCGGUCUGAGGAAACUUCGACAGCAAGCAAAGGAAAACAAUGGAGGAGUACACCUUGGAUGAUCCCACCCUGCUUCUCCAAGCUGCCUCCGAUUUCGGUCACCAUCCCGGAGUUCACAGUGACGCUUCAGCGAAGGCCUUCCUGCACAGAUUCCCUCUUCCAGUCAUCAUCAAUGUUUUACAAACCAAAGCAGAUGUGCCUGGUGUGGAAAGUACUCUAGUUGCUUGUCUUGAGAGGAUAUUUUGCACAAAACAUGGAGCCUCUCUCAUUCCACAAUAUAUGCCUUUUGUACAAGUUGGUCUCAGGGCAGAUUCUCAAGUGGUCAGAUGUUUAGCUUGUAAAACAGUUUCUUGCCUACUUGAAAACUUUGGUGAGAAUACUGUUCCUGCUGCACAGCUGAUUGUUGAACAUGAUAUAUAUCCACUUUUGCUUGAUUGCCUCAUUAAUGGCAAUGAACAAGUUGCAACUGCAUCAAUGGAUGCAAUUAAGAGUUUGGCUGGUUCUUUUGAAGGCAUGGAAAUCAUCUUUCCAGCUAAUGACAACGAAGCUACGCAUCUCAGAAAUUUGGCUGCCCGAUGUUCAUCACUGGGACGAGUUCGGGUUUUAGCUUUGGUGGUGAAGCUAUUCUCUGUCUCCAGCUCUGUAGCGUCACUAAUUCACAACUCUGAUCUACUUAACUUACUGGAGGCAGAAGUCUGCAACACAGAUGAUACCCUUGUAACUUUAAGUGUUUUGGAGCUAUUAUAUGAGUUGGCAGAAAUUCAACAUGGUACAGAGUUCUUACCGAGGACCACCCUUGUUCAACUACUCAGUUCUAUAAUCGGCAACACAUCCAUGGAAUCAAUUUUAAGAUCAAGAGCGAUGAUGAUAAGUGGCAGGCUUCUUUCCAAGGAGAAUAUUUUCAAGUUCAUUGAUGAAUCUUGUGUUAAAACUGUUAUUUCAUUGAUUGAUGGAAGACUCAGGUCAUUGGAAAGUCAAGAUGCAGAUGAAUGUGAAUCCGCACUUGAAACAUUGGGUCAAAUAGGUUCAUCAAUUCAUGGAGCUGAAUUGCUACUUUUAAGUUCACCACCUGCUGCUAGACAUGUUAUUGAUGCUGCCUUUGAUCGGCAAGGACGUGGUAGACAUCUGGCUGCAUUGCAUGCUCUUGGAAACAUAUCUGGAGAAACUAGAUCAGAAAACAAGAUAAUGCUGAACAAUGAUGCAGAAGAAAGCCUCCAGCACCUGAUCUAUGAAUCAGCAUCCAAGAGUCCAAAGCUGACUCCAUCAGGUCUUUUUCUAUCAGUUCUUCAACAGGAUGCAGAAGUUCGUCUGGCGGGUUAUAGAGUAAUAACUGGCCUGGUGGCACGGCCAUGGUGCCUGAUGGAGAUUUGCUCAAAACAAGAAAUAGUAAACAUAAUUACUGGUGCACAUUCUGAAACCACAAAAAUAGGCAUGGAAGCUAAAUACAAUUGUUGCAAGGCAAUUCAUUGGGUCUUCAUGUCAUCAAGUAAACUUACCAGUGAUCCUGCUCUCACCGGAAUAGCUGAAAAGUUGCAAGAAGCUGUUAGAAGGGGUCCUUAUCUUGCAAGAAAGCUUCAGGAAGCUCAACCUGUAGUAAUGACAGCUGACAGAUUUUAGGUUCCUCCCAAUAGCUGUAACCAUAUCAGUCAAUCAUGAGGCCUUUUUCCGCCCCUCAGGUGUGGCCUUUACCAUCUAACAUGUACAAAUUACAGUAUGUUACUGGAAUUCUCUCUUAGGUUCAACAUAAAACCACAGACCUUCUAAUGUACUGGAAACACAGUGAGAAAGUUUCCACCUCAGUUGACAUAACCAUGGAAUGUUUUAGCACUCUGAAGUAAACUUAUUUUCACUGGA